AUGUCUUCAUCUAAAGCUCCUCUUACCAGCGGUGACAUUGUACUCGCUGCACGAAAAGAAUUUCAAGACUGUUACUGGCCAGUUUGGCAGGCUAUUAAAACUACAUGGAUAAAUUAUUCUCUGGAGCAACGAGAGAAAUUCCUCACUAGAUGCUGUAGGUAUACUAAAGAUGGACUUACUCGUGUUUUUCCAACUAAGGAAUGUUCUGAUAAGUUUGAAUUGAGACUCCAUUACCUAUGCACGACCGCCGAUUUGUCCGUAAAAAAAUUAAUCAUAGGAAUUACACCCUUCGUAUUGAUGGGCUUUUAUGCUGAUUUCCCUCUACCUGAACUCCUCCCUACCGAUUUGGAAAACGUGCUUAGAUGUAUCGAAGAUCAUAACUUAAUUCACCCAGACGCUCGCAACGGGAUGAAAAUGGUAUUUGAAGCCGGGAAUUGGGGCAAAGUCUUGGAGACCAGAGCAGAAAUACACGCAUCCAAUGCCAAGAAAGAUGUUGAUAACUCAGUCGCCGCACAAAAAAACGGAUUGUUUACGAGCGAGAAUGUGGGGCUCCUGUUACUUGAGCGUCAGCACUAUAUAUAUAAAUUCUUCGAAACCUUUACAAGAUACCUACAAACACUAUUAAUAGUGAAAAAUUUCGAGGAACCAAAACUUGGCCGCGCUCGUAAAUUCCCCUCAGAUUCCGACACAAAAAGAGAUCUCAUAACAGGCACGAAUUACAGGCCCGCAUGGAAUUGCCGUCCCCCGUAUACAAUGGAUCCAAAAUAUGCUGAUCUUAUUGAUGACGCUCACACAGCUCUUUUCUCGGUCCGUGACCAUUGUACCUUCCUCCGCAACGAACCAUUAUAUCUCUAUCACGCUGUCAAUAAUUACCACCUAUCGCACAGUAUCUAUCACUCGGAUUCAGAAUUCACCAAAAGAAGCCCCGAUAAUGACCCCAUCAUUAUUACCUCCGCUGCUGUUCUGAAUUACCUCAAGGAUUCUUAUGCACCACAAGCGUGCUGGAAUCUCAUCCAUAUGCUUUUAACUUCACGGGUCUUCCCUGUUUUUAGCCCUUUCAGAAUUUGGAAAACCGCUGGCAAGGAGCUCAACCGUACACGAGCUAGGUUUCGUUGGUUUUUAAUGGCCGAUGAGAAUUAUGUGAGAUAUUACACUAGGACAGACCCCAAAGAUCUUUCUAGAAAAAAUCCUCCAAUCAUGAAGCUUAAGAAGACGAUAUCCAUGAGAGAUUUACAGAAGAAAUCAGAGCUUACGGGCUGGAUGUUAUCGCUUGCGGAGGCCGCACUUACACCCAAAGAUGUUUCAAAGCUGCUGAAAGAGAUAAAUGAGUACAUUGAGAGAGUUCCGCGGACUCGUGAGAAUAUUUCAGAGGGGCUAGGGGAGGCUUUGGCUAAUGUUUCUAUAAUUUCUAUGUUUAUGGAUCGAUGUGAAGAUUUGUGGGGUUUACCAGUGUUGGUGACCCCCACUGCCAUGGACACGCCGGACGAUCAAGCGUCCUCGGACCCGGGUAGGGUUUGGAAGACGUUGGGUUGGGCGAACUGGUAUUUUCCAGAAUUUGACUUGAAAGGUCAGGUCAAAACAACCGGAGAUUUUGCUCAAAUAGCAUACGCAUGUAUAAACGAGUUGCUCGAGAAUUAUGAAGUGGGGCUCAAUACUCUGCCAACGUCGAUUGGUUCAUUUCAUCCUACAGAAUUUGGUGUUGGCCAACAGCUUAAGUCCAUCUACCGGAUGCUUGAGAGGAAACCUUCUCCACCAAAAUCGGGUGCUCCUACCAUCCUGGUAACAGCUUCUGCCCUCAAGACAUUGCGCAAGAUCUUUCGUGCUGAGCUUGAUGGCACCAUUACAUGGUCCUCAUUUGAGUUUGCUAUGACCGAUGCCGGAUUCACUGUCAAAACAGACACGAGCGCGGCAAGGAUUAUUCCAAACAACUCGAAUAAUAAUUGGAAGCAAAUCAAUAUAUAUAGACCAUAUCCAACCGAUCGGUUUGUGGGCUGGACACUGUUGGGGCUGAAUCUAAAGCUUACAAAGAAUUACAAAUGGAAUGAAUCAACCUUCGGGCUUGCGAAAAAAUAG